CGCGUGGAUUCUUCCGUUGAGAGCUAUCUGACACUUAAUAAUCUAUGACUGCCUUCCUAACUUUGUUUAACGAGGAAAAGAAGAUGAACAAGACAAGAGGAAUCAGUUGGCUAACCUCUGAGUGGGUUAUUCGCCCUCUAUUCGCCCCGCCUCUAUUGUACUUCUUCAGUAUAAAGUACAGUAGACCGACACACUUUCAUCUCCUUGGCUUCAGCUGCAAGCUCUCAGAGAUUCACUUUACACCAUGGCGACCCAAAAAAGUCAAAAUGAGGGAGCAUUUUUGUCCCUGAUGAGUGGUGUGAGAGAGCUGGACCUCCGUGGCGCUUAUGUUCCCAGUGCCCUCCUUCUGACUGGAGAACAUGCAUUUCCCUUGGUGAUGAACAGCCAAGGCCAGGUCCUGAUGGCUGCCUCCCAGUACGGCUUAGGAAGAAUUGUGGUCCUGGGACAUGAAGGAUAUUUGACAACAUUUCCUGCUCUGGUAGAAAACGCAGUGACUUGGCUGAAAGGAGAUGGCUCACGCAACCUGUCAGUGGGGGUCAACAAGAGUGUGAAGGCAGUGGCUGAUAGUCUCAACAGAUCCAAAAUCCAAACUGAAGUUGUGGAGGCAUUCCAGAGGAAUCUGAAUCUUGGUGUUUAUGUGACAGACACCUUAAGCCUGACUACAGAUGGGAAAGACUUGGUGGCAUUUCUGAAAAACGGCGGAGGGGUGUUGAUUGGAGGGCAAGCCUGGAGUUGGGCCGCAGACCACCCAAAGGAGAACGCACUGCUUGGAUUCGGAGGGAAUAAAGUGUCUGCUGUGACCGGCAUCUACUUCUCUCAACAUCCGGCUGAAGCUGAAUUGUUGCCUGUCUACCCUCAAAUUCCAGCCUCAUGGUUGCGUGUGGUACUGGACAAGGAGUUUGAGGAUGACCUGACAUUCUUACUUCAGGGGAUAUCUGAGUUUGACAUCACCGGCGGCGCGAUUGCUUCUGAGAUUCUGGUUCAUGGACGACUGGCUUUCCCUAUCGGAAUGACAGAAGAUAGACGGCCAUUUCUGGCAGGCACCUAUUAUGGGCUUGGGCGUGUUAUUGUUGUGAGCCAUGAAGGAUAUCUGAAUCGAGAGGAGCUGGCCCCGUUUUGGACCAAUGCUCUUCACUGGUUGGAUGCGGGGCGACAUGGCACUGUGGGCGUCCUGCAACAUAAAGCCCUCGACAAUCUCAAGAAAUCUGGGUUUAGGUGUGAGAAGAGCGACUUCAGAAAUGACCUGAGUGUGUUUGUGUGUUCAGCAUACAGUGACAAACACGCAGAAGAAAUCCAAAACUUUGUGGCAGAGGGAGGAGGUCUGCUGAUUGGUGGCCAUGCUUGGUACUGGGCACAGUCCAACAGUGGCGGAAAUCCUUUGACAGAAUUCGCAGGGAACAAGAUCCUGAAUAAAAUGGGCUUGAGCCUUUUGCCUGAAACCAUUGGGGGCGGUCGCUACAAUGCUCCUGUACCCAGCCAGACUGGCAAAGACAGCUACCACUUCUGCCACCUUCUACAGCGUUUUGCCGCUCAUGUAACUGAGGGAGAUGAUCUUACCAAGAGCGAGGAGCAAUGCCUUAAAAAGUUUGGCAAGGACUGUGCCUUCUUCUUAAAAAUGGAAGCCCACCAUCGCUGUUCAUACGCUCAGGUCUUGUCCACCCUUACGCACGUCCUGAAGAAAUCGGGCAUGCCUCAGGUGUGUGACACCUGCCCAGUAAAAAGUCCCAAAGACCAUCUGCUGCUCAACAUGGGUUCAGAGGUCUUUAGGGUUUGCCCCAAUCCUGACAGCCUGUUGCCUUACCUCAUCAACGAGAACCCCCUGUUGCCCGUCGUCUAUAAUCACAGGGUCACUUUGAAUGUAAACACAGCAGACAAAGAAGAGUGGGUCAGUACCGGGCUUUACCUUUCUCAAGGCAUGAAAACCUAUAUAGCAAUGCCUGGGCAGAUCGUCAACAAGGGAUGGAAGGUCCAAAUUGGUUGUCAAACCGACUAUCUUAAAGCUGAGGAGCUGAAGAGAGCGCCCAAUGUUCAUGAACAAUUUCCAAUUGACAGUGAGAUGAUGCAGGUGUGGAACUUGUGGGGAGGUCUCAUCUACUUGGUGGCCCCACCUAAAACCCAAGUGGGAGGGGUAGAGGUCAUAGUGCAGGUAGCUGUGCCGGCACCUUAUUAUAAAUCUGGUAUGACAACACCCGCCGAUUGGGCCAUGCUGCGAACAGCUCCUUCCCCUUGGGCAGAGUUGGAGUUUGAAAAUAUCGUACUCACUGUACCAUCCGAUACCAUUAGGAAUCUGGAAAGACCAGAUCUGCUGGCAGCGCUCUGGGACUCGAUCAUGAAAGGCAUUGCCGACCUAGCUGCCAAGCCACACAAAUUUCCCCGCAAAGAACGCUUUGUAGCAGAUGUACAAAUUUCUUAUGGUUGGAUGCACGCCGGCUACCCCGUCAUGAUGCACAAGGCCUCGGCAGAGUCACUGGUCAACCUUGAGCACGCCAAGACUGAAGGCUUAUGGGGCCCAAUCCACGAGCUCGGGCACAACCAGCAGAGAGAUUGCUGGGAGUUCCGGCCACACACCACAGAGUGUACAUGCAACAUUUGGUCAGUGUAUAUCCAUGAGGAGGUGUUGGGGAUCAACAGGGGAAAGGCUCACGGCGAUGUCGCUUCAGCAAAAAGGAAGAGUCGAUUGGAGGAAUUUGUCAAAGGGGGCAGGCAACUCAGCAAGUGGGAGGUGUGGGUGGCUCUUGAAACAUACUUGCAGCUCCAGGAGAGAUUUGGAUGGGAUGCCUUCAAGAAGGUAUUUGCUGCUUACCACAAGAUAACUAAUUAUCCGAAGGACAACGGCGGCAAGAUGAACCUGUACGCAGAGACUUUCUCCAAAACUGUGGGAAUGAACCUGUGUGGAUUCUUUAAAGCCUGGAGCUGGCCCAUCGAGAAGGCUACUGAGGAGAAACUAGCCAACCUUCCAACCUGGGUGGACCACCCCAUGGUCCAGUUUGGUUGAAUCUUGGGAUGAUUGAUUGAAAUAUAGAAGCACUACAUUGUUGAAUGUGUUCAGAUUUUUUUAAAAAUCACUAAAUUGAUUACAUUUAGUUGUACUGCUCCAAAACAAAUAACCUUCAAUGAAAUAAUGACAAAUAAUUCAUCCCUUUCUCACAGACUACUUUUUUUUCGGAUGAGUAGCAAAACAAGAAAACUUUGAGCAAGAAAGAAUCCUUUGCUGAAACACUUAAAAGUAACAAUACAAUUGCAAAUAACCUAGUCCUGUUUUCAAUGUUUUUUAAUGUAUUUGUGUGUGUUUGUAUGCCAUUUAAAUGGCACAAUGUCUUUGCUGUCAAUGGGAAAAGGGCCAAUAAACGUUUUCAUGAUGCAUUUACAUAAA